UCCGACCGGAGCCGCGCGACGCUCGAUAAAUAAUUCAAGUGGACGGAGGGGAGCUGCAGCUGAUUCGCUGAGGCCAGGGCGCCAGUGCAGCAUUUCACGGCGCAGGGUGUAAACGCGCGGCGCCGUCUGCCCCGAUCGGUGCUCUCCGGCGAGCCUCCCGCACGCGAGCCCGGCAGCAACGAUGCCGCCGGCAGGAACGAUGCCGCCGGCUCUCAGGAUCUGGGCGCUGCUGGCCGUGUCGCUGUGCUGCCUGCCUCAGCCGGGCCAUUUCAAGAGGGGUUUCCGAUGCCCUUCGACAUGCGGCUGCUCCAAGGAGUCCAUCGUUUGCGUCGGGUCCUCCUAUGUGCCCAGGAUUAACCCCGGCGAGAUCAGUUCUCUGAGCAUCGUCAACGGGACUUUCUCCGAGGUCCGAGAGGCCAUGUUCGCCCACAUGCCGUCUCUCCAGCUGCUGCUUUUGAAUUCCAACUCUCUAACAACUAUAAGGGAUGACGCAUUCUCAGGCCUUCCACAUCUGGAGUACCUGUUCAUUGAGAGUAAUAAGAUAGAGACUGCAUCCAAAUAUGCCUUCCGAGGACUCAGGGACUUGACUCACUUGUCUUUGGCAAACAACAACAUUAAAGCCUUGCCCAGGGACCUCUUCAUUGACCUGGACUCACUGAUAGAGCUGGACCUGCGAGGCAAUGCCUUCGAGUGUGACUGCCGUGCCAAGUGGCUGAUGACGUGGCUGAAGAGCACCAAUGCCACAGUGUCGGAUGUCAUGUGUGCUGGACCGGAGGACAUGAAGGACAAGCGCCUUAAUGACAUGACCAGCCUGCACAAUGAAUGCAUCUCAACGGAUUUCGUCCUCCAUCAGUCCGUGGCAUCCGAGUCUCUGUCUGUUGACACAUUCAGUUAUAAGAACGAUGUCUACGUGGCUAUUGCUGCUCCCAGCAUAGAGAGCUGUAUGGUUUUACAAUGGGACCACAUAGAGAUGAACUUCAGGACUUAUGAUAACAUCACAGGUCAGUCCAUUGUGGGGUGCAAGUCAGUUGUCAUCCAGAACCAGGUGUUUGUCAUCGUGGCUCAGCUCUUUGGGGGUUCCCACAUCUACAGAUUUGAUGAGGACCAAAGCAGGUUCAGCAAGUUCCAGGACAUUGAGGUUUCCAAGAUCUCCAAGCCCAACGAUAUCGAGGCGUUCCAGAUUGGCUCUGACUGGUUCUUUGUGAUUGCUGACAGCUCAAAAGCGGGCCUGUCCACCCUCUACAAAUGGAACAAUAAAGGCUUUUAUUCGUACCAGUCGCUGCAUGAGUGGUACCGUGACACAGAUGCAGAGUUCUUGGACUUGGAUGGGAAGGCCCACCUUAUCUUGGCAAGCCGCUCACAGGUGCCUGUGAUCUACCAGUGGAGCCGGAGCAACCAGAAGUUUGUCCUGCAGGGCGAGAUCCCGAACAUGGAGGAUGUAGUAGCUGUGAGGCACUUCCGGAUCAAAGGGGAACUCUACCUGGCUAUGACACGCUACAUAGGAGACUCCAAAGUUCUACGUUGGGGUGCCAAACAGUUUGCAGAGAUCCAAGCCUUGCCCUCAAGAGGUUCCAUGAUUCUGCAGCCGUUCUUUUUCAAAGAACGUUACUACCUGGCCCUGGGAAGUGACUACACCUUCUCGCAGAUCUACCUGUGGGAUGAUGACAAGAACCUCUUUGACCGCUUCAAGGAGGUGUACAUCCAGGCGCCGCGCUCCUUCACUGUGGUUUCCACUGUCCGCAGGAACUUCAUCUUUGCCUCUAGCUUCAAGGGAAACACACAGAUCUUUGAGCACAUCAUCGUUGACUUGAGCUUGUGAGGGGGCGUAUCUCAUUGCCCCUCCUGUAAUCGAACGUCUUCCACUAAAAAGAUACAAUUGUGAAGGGAAAAGAAAGGAGCAGAACAGACUUUUUGAACUGUUAAAUAUCAAUUCCUACAUAGUUUUCUGUCACAAAUACGAGCCGAAUCAAGUAGUGUUUGGAAUCCUUUGAGUUUCUUAAGACUUCUUGACUAUGUCCCAAUGGCUUUGUCCCAUUACCUGUCCUCAUGACCUCCCAGGCUUUCAGAGAAACAAGCAUAUCACAAGGACUGAGGGGGAGAGUCACUAGGGCUGGUUGUUGUACAAAGCAGGCUGGUAUCCUCCUGAAAAUCCAGCUGACAUUCUUGAGGGUGGAAAAAUUAAAAAUUUAAUUUGAUCUAUUUGGAUGUAGAGAUUUCAGUUUAAUAUCCCCUGUGUUAAUGGUUUUAUACCCCCGAAAAUGAACCAGGACCUGAGAGAAAGAUCACACUACAAGUUCUGUUUUAUUCUCAUUUGUGGCAACUGAGGAUGUAACAGGUUUGGUUGCCACUUACCUCAUGUCCUCAUACCCUGUGGUAAUGUACAGGAUGUUGCCUUCUGGGUUCUGAUGGUACCACAGUGCCUCCCUCUGGCCGUGAUUAAGUAUCACACCCCUUUGCUUUUUUUCUUACAGGGAACGUCUUGAAAGCACAAACCUUUAAUUAUCAUAGCUGAGAUCACAGUCCUUAGAGUGUAGUUGUUUGUUGUGGAAAAACUUGCUGUAGGUGCUAUAGAUUAUACUGCAUACGGUAAAAAAAACAAAGAAGAAGUGAAGAGGUGAACAAUGCAGGACUGGAUAUAGCUCAUGCCUUCUUAGACAAACAUGAAUAGAAAAUCCCCAGUUAGAUUCCCUUUUAGCUCAGAGGAACUUGAAGUGGCAAAAUAGAUAGAAGCUCUUUUUAUCCAUUUAGUGGAAAGGACAUGCGUUUAGGCGAUGUCAGGGAAAUUAAACAUACUUACAAGUUUGAAAAAAGAACCACAGUUAUUGGCCUAGAGACAGAAAUUAACUUUUGUUUCAGGCUACACCUAAAAAAGCUGAAGUCAGUGGCCUCAAAUAAAUAAAUUUGAUAUAGGACACAAUUUGUCCAAAAAUGACAGAAGCAAAAUUCAUGUAAAUAUAUCCACUCAAGGUGAGAGACUUUUUGGGUCUUUCUGUUCUUUGAAAAUACUGAAUGUUGACUCAAGCUACGAAAUGUACAUAAAACAAGGAUGGUAAUGCCACUACCUGUUUGUCACACAAAAAUCUGAAUGGAUCUUUGCACUCACUUUAAAAAAAAAAAGAAAAUGGUACCGCAGCUUGCAAGAGCAUGACAUUCAAAAAAAGGGUGUUUGCCAAAUUCUUUUUAGAUGAACCUAACAAACCCAGAAGUCUAGAAGUGCUUCUACUCAUUAAGUGAAUGGUAUUGCAGAUUUAAAAAAAAAAAGAACUAAAUAAUGGAAUAUGCAAGCUUUACAACAGGCAUUCUUUUCUAUGAUUUAGUUUCAAGCAUAUUGAAUGUUAUUCUCAAAAUGUACCGUGAGUUUAAUCAAUUGUGUAUCA